GCAGGCCUGGUUGGCGGUAGCCUCUCACCACGAGUAGUGCUUCCGUAGGUGGUACCUCUCAUCUUCGUACUGACGGAGAAGCCAUGGUUGAAGAACCAUAGCUGAUGGUGCCAGUAAUCAGCCUAUUCGCCUUCGUCGCUCACCGCUACAGUGUAGUAAGUAAGGCAAGGUAACACAGUUAAGAUAGGGCGAUAGGAUCAAGGUCCGAUGGAGGUAGAACCAGCGGGACAGUCGGGGAGAGACGCUCGCUCCCAAGUUCCGAACGAGUACCAAAUGGAAGAGGAUAGAAUUCAGGAGAUGGUGAGAGCAUGUUACGAGGAGGGAAUUUUGCCUACAAACAUCGAUCCAGGUGUAAUGGAAGUUAAUGGCAAGGAGGUUAAAUUCAUUUUGAAUAGAUCUUUAGACGAAGUGAAAGUUAAGUGGUUAAAGGGACGUACAGUGACAGUAAUUUUUCGGGAUGGGGCUCGCUUUCUUCCGAAAAAAGUUAAGGAAGAUGUAAUCCGAGCGUACGAAGACGUUUGGAUUAGCGGGGCUACCUUUGGCCCGGACUUCAGAAGAGGGCGAAUUAAAGUGGAAAGUCCGAAUGUAGUGUCUUACGUCCCAAGAGCACAGGAAAUUACCGAUUGGAUGUUGGCGAAGGGCAGUGAUUACAUCGAUUUGCCAAAUGUCACCUAUCGCACGGAGUCCAAACCAUGGAUGACCCGCGCUGAAAUGCGGGGCUGGAGGAAGCUGGUGGAUCAAAACGUGUUCUGGGUGGUGGCAGUGGGUGUUCCACUAGAUAAGAUGUUGUUUACUCAUGUCCAUGUGGAGCGAGCCAUUGGUAAGAUUGUCAAGGCUCACACUCCCAAGGCGGAUGCAAGCGACCCCAAAUUAGUCAACCUACGGUUCAACAUCGACCCAGCAAGCAAGGACAACAUGAAGGACAAGAUAGAGGUUCAAACUCAUCAGGGCGACGUCCUGGAAGUUCGGCUGGCCUCGGCUGAAUCGGAAUGGUGCAGAAGAUGCCGCACCUUCUUCCACACGGAGGACACUUGCAGAAGACAGAACCAGAGAAGACAAGGGGAAAAUUCCACGAGUCCCCUUCCAGGCUCUACAAGACCUGGUCUUGGAGGUGGCAGGCGUCAAUCGUACUCUGGAACUCUUCAACAUCCAGGCAUGGGACUUCAAAGCCCUGCAGCUUCGGCGACGGCAACAUCGACAACAGCAGCGGUUAUGCAGCCAGGAGGCACCGGUUCGAUUCGGGUGAACCCGGUCUUCUCUCCGGGACCGGGUUUGGCCUCAGGAGGAGCAGGUGUCGUGCAACCGUCACCCUCAACGGCCCCAUGGUCGCAAUCUUGGGCGGCCUUUCUGCAAGGAAUUCCAACGCAUCCCUUUGUGGCUCAACAGGCGCAGCCGUUGCCAGGCCAACAAUUGGUCGUGAGUCCGUCCUUCGUCAACAUGCAUUCAUUCAUUCCCUGGCUUCCAGGCACCCAGGGGUACCAACCCCAGCAGGUGGUGGGCGUACAGGGCCUUCAAGGCCUUUCUCAUCAGGCGCCCCCUCCCCGUGGAGGAAGUUUGGCGAGACCGACCUCUUCACGAGCUCGGGGUGAAUCCCCGGGAAAGCAGAGACGAAUCAGCGAAGGAGGAGGCAUUGACAUCGAAGUGGAUCAGGAUCGUGGAGAGGAACUCGGCUCCUUGAGCGAAGGCUCGUUGCACUCUCUUAGGUCAGAGGACCCUAUGUCCGGCACUCCCAAGGCAGGUAAGCGCAAACAAUCUCGAUCUCGCAUGAACGCCUUGUCCAAAGGUUAAUCUGUUGUGGAAUCGAAGUUACUCCCCUUUGUGGGAGUGUAUGUUCGAAACGCAUUCUGCGUUGUCGCAUGGGCAAGCGCUGAUGGUUCUCCUUUGUUGUUGAGUAUGUCAGUCUCGGAAUCCCCUACGCCGCAUGCUUCCGAAAUCCUCGUGCGGAGCAUGUUUCAUAACAAACUCGCUCUUCGGUU